UAAAGUAACUAUCGCUCUAUCGAUUCAAGUACGAUUCGAGUAGAUAAAAACAAAGUGGAGCACGGAGCACGGACGUUGGGGACUAAAAAAUUGGCAAAAAUUCGAACCGCGAGCGCUGCAGUCGCGAACGUCACGUGUGCAAUUUAAUUCCAGGUGCUUUUCGUUUGCGUUUUUGUGAAAAAAAAAAUCCAAGCAACAAUAACAACCACACUGGUACUGCGUCGGGCGACAAAGCGACACGCCUCGCUCUGUUGUUGUUGUUGUUGUUGUCGUUGUUGUCGCGUGUGUGUGUUCGGAGUCGUCUACUAAUUAUUAUUACUAGAAUUGCUGGAAGAGCUUACAUGUGCCUAAAUAAUUAAAUAAUUGGUGGAGUGAAGCAGCGCGUCCAGAAACAAAGAAGCAGGAGAACGGCGACAGCGACUGCGGCUGCGACUUCGAAAGCGAGACGUUCUCUCGCCUACCACCUUCGCUCGUCUCCCUUCCGCCGUGCCACCCCACGGCGCUUUCUCUUCCUCGUCCUCCCCCCACUCCAGUCGCAGCCAUCCCUCCCCCCCAGUCCCAGUCCCAGUCCCAGACCCAGAGCAGCACCCAUCAAUGUGCUGCUGUGCGUCAUAAUUCGCGAGUCGCGGUUCUCCGUUCUUCUGCCCGGCUGCGCUUCUAAUCCCCGCGUCUCCGCUGGCUGUUUCUUGCAGAGAUCCGAUCAGUCCAGCCCAGCUCGAGCUAUCCAAAGUCCAGCUAACGUUGCGCAACUGCCGCUGUGCGUGCCCGAGUGUGAUAGAGUGCCAGUGUCCGCGUGAGUGCCGUUCCAAAAUGCAUCUCGAUCCCCGAAAGCCUCUGAGUUCCGCCCGCUGCGAGUGCUAAUCGAAUCGGGAAAGAAAACCAUAAAGCGGGCCAGUCGAGUGCCAGAGGGCUUCACUUAUUCGGAGGAGGAGAUCCUCGCAAGGAAGCGGACAAGGACACAGCCGACAAGCGGACAAGAUGGCCGGCGCCCACAGCCACCACAACGCCAAUCUGCUCAGCUCGGACAUCUCGCGCCGCAACCCCCAGGACGAGUACGAGCUCAUCCAGAAGAUUGGCUCCGGCACCUACGGAGAUGUCUACAAGGCGAAACGGAUACAGAGCAAUGAGCUCGCCGCCAUCAAGGUCAUCAAGCUGGAGCCCUCCGACGACAUACAGAUCAUCCAGCAGGAGAUCAUCAUGAUGCGGGACUGCCGCCACCCGAACAUCAUCGCCUACUACGGGUCGUACCUGCGCCGGGACAAGCUCUGGAUCUGCAUGGAGUUCUGCGGCGGCGGCAGUCUCCAGGACAUCUACCAGGUCACCGGCCCGCUCUCCGAGGUCCAGAUCGCCUACAUGUGCCGGGAGACGCUCAAGGGCCUCGAGUACCUCCACUCCAUGGGCAAGAUGCACAGGGACAUCAAGGGCGCCAACAUCCUGCUGACCGAGUACGGCGACGUCAAGCUGGCCGACUUUGGCGUCUCUGCCCAGAUCACGGCCACGAUCAACAAGCGGAAAAGCUUUAUAGGCACACCCUACUGGAUGGCUCCCGAAGUGGCCGCCGUGGAGCGCAAGGGUGGCUACAAUCAAUUAUGUGAUAUUUGGGCCUGUGGCAUAACUGCAAUCGAACUCGCUGAACUGCAACCGCCCAUGUUCGACCUGCAUCCGAUGCGCGCCCUCUUCCUGAUGUCGAAGAGCGGCUUCAAGCCACCCACAUUGAACAACAAGGACAAGUGGAGCCCCACCUUCCACAACUUCAUCAAGACGGCCCUGACGAAGAACCCAAAGAAACGACCCACCGCCGAGCGCCUGCUCCAGCAUCCGUUCGUCCAGUGCGAGAUGUCCUUGCGGGUGGCCAAGGAGCUCCUGCAGAAGUACCAGAGUCCCAACCAGCAGUUCUGCUAUUAUCUCGACGGCGAUGAGGAGGCGGUAGCCAGCGUGCCGCAGCGCAUUGCCAGCAAGAUGACGUCGCGCGCAAACGGGGUUCCAGCCCAGAACCACACACUGAAAACAGGCAUGACGACGAACUCCACGUGGAACGAGCGAUCUUCUAGUCCCGAAACGUUACCCAGUGACAUGAGCCUCUUACAGUAUAUUGAUGAGGAGCUGAAGCUAAGAGCGACCUUGCCACUGAACGACACCAAAGACUCACUCGGCGCCGAGUGCAGCUGCUCCCACAAUGGCGGCGGCUCGGGAGGAGGAGUAGGAGGAGGAGCAGGAUCUGGAGCAGGAGCAGGCAGCGGGGCGAACGGCAGCAGCAGCAGCAGUGGCAAUGGGGCCGGGGCAGGCGGAGGCACCACCAUCUCAACCCAUCAGCAUCAGAAUCAGCACCAUCAUCACCAUCAGAACCAAAACCUGAAUCAGAAUCAGAAUCAGCAUCUGCAUCAGCACCACCAGUUGCAGCAGCAGCACCACCACCAACCCACGUCCAAACCGCUGCAGCAUCUGUCGCACCACCAACACCAUAACCACCACCCAUCGAGCAGCACCGCUCUGACCUCGUCCAUGUCCAGUGGUUCGGUGACCUCCAAUGCCAACUGCAACUCGCUGACCUCCUACCUGGGAGGCCACCAGGGAGUCGGCGGCGCCGGCGUCGGAGGAGGAGGAUCCCACCUGGGAUGCGGCCAGGGCCUGGGUUAUGGCCCGGCCAUGGGUCUCGGUCUGUCCAAUCUGCGCACCACUAGCAUCGAUGGCGACCGGGACGAGGCCGAUCUGGUGGCUGCCGACGUGGCCAUGAACAAUGCUGCUGCCGCCGCCGUUCCAGGUUCCGGCAACGGGUUGGGGUCCGGUUCCGGUUCGGGUUGCUCUGCCUCCGCGGCGCACUAUCUGCGGUACAGCAGCAACUACCGCUCGGCCGCCGCGGCCCAGGCGUCGCAGGCCUCCAUGGCCGCCCAUCCCUCGCCCAAUGGGCAUGGCCACGGUCACGGCCACGGGCCACCAAUCUCAUCCAGCCUCUCAUCAGCCUCGUUUUAUAAUCGCCUCCUACUACUCGAUAAUUCUAGCGGCGAUGCGAUCGGCGGCAGCGGCAGUGUCGGCGUAGGAGGAGGAGGAGGAGGAGGAGUAAGCGGCAGCAGCACCAGUGGCGCUGUUAACGGCGGCGGCAACACCACCAGCGGCGGAGUCGGCUCCAACGGCCUCCUGGACAAGCACGAGCUGGAGGCCAGUCCCACAACGGCCAUCCAGUCCGCCGGCGACGGCUACUUGCAUUCCAACAGGGGAGACAGGGGAGCGGCCGGGGCGGCGAGCUCCGGAGCAGCGGAUGGAGGACCCUCGACGAGCAGCUCCUCGCACCUUUACCAGAACCUGCUGAGGAGCAGUUCCGGGGAGGCGCCUUCGCCAGGAAACAACUGUGAUUACCGGCACGAGAGCAACCAGAACGGUCUGGAGGACUCGCCUCGGCGCCAUAGCUCCAUGGAUCAGCUGAUUGGACUGAUAAACGAUAUGGGAAAGUCCUCGAGGACACGCAGCCUCAGCGAUGGUGGUACUCAGGACGAUGACGAAGUGGAGAAGGAGGCGCAACCGGAUCUACUGAACAACACUCCGCCGGUGCCGCCGAAGCGCUCUCAUAAGCGCCGGCACACUCCUCCCCGGCCCAUAUCCAACGGCCUGCCGCCCACCCCGAAGGUCCACAUGGGCGCCUGCUUCUCAAAGAUAUUCAACGGCUGCCCACUGCGGGUGCACUGCACCGCCUCGUGGAUCCACCCGGAGACGCGGGACCAGCACCUCCUGAUCGGUGCCGAGGAGGGCAUCUACAACCUGAACAUGAACGAACUGCACGACGCGGCGAUCGAUCAGCUCUUUCCGCGCCGUACCACCUGGCUGUAUGUGAUCAAGGAUGUGCUGAUGAGUCUGUCGGGAAAAUCCUGUCAGCUCUACCGGCACGACCUAGUGGCCUUGCAUUCCAAGCAAACGGUUCGCUUCUCUCUGCACAUGAACAAGAUUCCGGAGCGACUGGUGCCGAGGAAGUUCGCGCUGACCACCAAGGUCCCGGACACCAAGGGCUGCACCCAGUGCUGUGUGACGCGGAAUCCGUACAACGGCUAUAAAUACCUGUGCGGGGCCACGCCCAGCGGCAUCUUUCUGAUGCAGUGGUACGAUCCGCUCAACAAGUUCAUGUUGCUGAAGCAGUGCGAGUGGCCGGCCAUCAGCAUCCAGGGCGGAGGCCACGGCUGCGUCCAGAACGGGCACACGCCAGUCUUCGAGAUGAUCAUCACGCCGGAGCUGGAGUACCCCAUUGUGUGCACAGGAGUGAGGAAGGCCAUGAACGGCUGCCUCAAGCUGGAGCUGAUCAACAUGAACAGUGCCAGCUGGUUCCAUUCGGAGGACCUGGAGUAUGACGCCAUGGCCACGAUGGUGCCGCGACGCGACCUGCUGAAGGUGGUGCGCGUGCACCAGGUGGAGAAGGACGCCAUCCUGGUCUGCUAUGGCAAUGUGAUGCAGGUGGUAACGCUGCAGGGCAACCCGAAGCAGCACAAGAAGAUGGUAUCGCAGCUCAACUUUGACUUUAACGUGGACAGCAUUGUUUGUUUACCGGACAGCGUUUUGGCAUUCCACAAGCACGGCAUGCAGGGUAAGUCCUUGCGCAAUGGCGAGGUGACGCAGGAGAUCAAGGACAUGAGUCGGACCUACCGGCUGCUGGGCAGCGACAAGGUUGUGGCCCUGGAGAGCCAGCUUCUGAGGACCGGCUCCCUGGGCAGCGAGGAGGGGCACGAUCUGUACAUUCUGGCCGGGCACGAGGCUAGCUACUAGGCCAGCCACUAACUGGAGAGCCCGCUCGAACCACUGUUAUAUUCUAAAUAUAAUCCGGUACACCACACACACACACAUCCAGAAGUUUUAAGGACCGCCACGUCGUCAACUAUUAACUGUAAUUUAAUUACUCGUAGGCUAAGAAGUCGAUUACUGAUCUUAGAGGAAGUCACGUCGGCGAGGGUUCGAUAGCUUAGAGUAGCGCAAUUUUAUGCACCUAAAGAGGCAGCCUUCGAACAGGAGAGACCGGAACCGAACACUACCCAGCCAGCAUCUUUUCGAUAAAUAUAUAUAUUUAUAUAUUAUAUUGUAUGUACGGGGCGCCUGCGUCCGCGUUUGCGUCUGCCCGAUUCCGUUGUAGUUAUAUUUUUGUAUUACAAAGAAAUGCUUUAAUUUAUACAACUAACCUUAAAGACCUACGAUUAAUGCUACGGAUAUGUAGUUACGGAGUUAUCUUAGAGAUUUGCGUGAGAUUGUCACAAAAGUCGGUAGAUCGUUUCCAAAAAUAGUCAGCGUAAGCGGAGCAGAAGAAUCCAAUGACACACUGUACUGUACUGCAUGUACUGCAAUCCAAUUUAUACACUGCAAUUAUAGGCACGAUUCGCGGUUCGAGACCCACUCUAUAAGGCAAUUAGAACUAAUAAUACAAGAAUACUUCUUAGUGGAUAGCAAUUGUAAAUCGCAAAUGUUUUUAGCGUGUUAAACUGCUUUCGAUUGGCUCAAAGGAUAUACGAAGAAGGACUCUAUGGAGAGGAAGUGGGAGGGGGAGUAUACACGGUUUGUUGGGAAACAAAAAUUAGUUAGUAAGCCUUUUCUAACCUAGUAAACACGAAUUAACAGAAUUAACUGCAAUUAACGGUCUGUAUCUGUAUGUUAAACGAGUCAACUGAUUGUCAUAGUUACGGUUCUAGACUACAUAAGCUAAGCGAUGAGCAGAGACAUCUUUCCGAGCAGCACUUUCGUCGAUUCAGUUGUAAAAAUAUUCAAUCUAGCCCUUAAGUUAUUUAGUUUAUACGACAAAGCGUAAAACCGAAAAUUACGAACUAAUACGGAGAGAAAAACAAAAGAAAGCCCACAAAAUUGUUGAACUCUAGUUUAGUGCAAGAAUAAAAACUAUGUGAAAGAACAUUCGUUGAA